UCAGUAGCAUUGCCAUUGGCGCACUUUGCAGAACGGAGUAAAAAUACAAAACACAAGAAGUGCAGAUGAUUUUGCUCUUAUUAAAUGUUUGUCAAUUAAACACAUAGUUGCAUGCCAGAGAUAUAAUUCUCUACGGUGUUUAUCCCCGUUCUGGUCGUAUCCCAGUUCUGGUCGCUGCACUCGUCCGUCCAGUCGUGCAACAUGGGAAUAGUGAGGUAGAUCAUGAUGUCAGCUGUAGACCAGGUUAUUUCCGCCCAGCCUGAGUCUGGUGAGAAGACGACGCUGACAGCUGACACGGACGCAGGAGGUUAUCAACCCCUAGGCUUGAAGGAUUUGACGAAGACGAACGUGCUCAGGGUUCAUCAGUAUUUAGAUGUUUUAGAAGUGCUUUUGGGAUGGGAGAGGAGCAACAGAUAUCAAAUCUGUGAUGCUGAUGGCAAACAGAUAUUGUAUGGGUAUGAAGUUGGUGUUUGUUUGGCACGUAAGGUUUUGGGUUCUUCUCGUGGACUUGUGUUGAAAUUUAGUGACAACGAAUCCCAAGAUGUGAUCUCUCUCCACCGACCGUUACGAUGCUCAACUCGCUGUUGUUGGAUGUGCUGUCAUCUACAGGAGAUGGCCAUCCACUCUCCUCCAGGGACUCCGAUAGGCACAGUCAGAGAAAUAUGGAGCUGUGGGGCCCCUGUCUACAAUGUUUACAACCUGAAGGAAGGUUUGCUGUACACAAUAGUCGGGGACUGCUGCCAUUGUCGGGCUUGUGGUGAUGUCACAUUUCACGUGUAUGAGGGCCCCAGGGAGAAGGAGGACAAGGUUGCUGAUCUAUCCAAGCACUGGACUGGAUGCAGGGACAUUAUUGGUGCUGCUAAUGAUUUCUCUCUAACAUAUAUUAAGGAUAUUGGUGUAAAAGACAAGUUGACAAUAUUUGGAGCUGUGUUUUUGAUAGGUUUCAACUAUUUUGAGAAACACUGUCGAUGCUAAUCGAGAAAGGCAGUCCUGUGAAAACGGUUAUGUGACAAGUUACUGGUACCAGGAAGGCCCCACUGGACAGAGAGCCAGUGUCUCUCAGCAUGCCCCGCAGAAUGAAAUCUCCGGACUAGAAUCUAUAAUCUCAAGAAGUGAAAUGAACAUGAACUGCUUUCCAGAUACUUCCAAUAUGACUGAAAAAUUGUGUCAUUUGCUUGGGAGUCAUGAAUGUAAGUGGCAAAAUCGCACAGACACUGUGUGGAACUAUUAUAAGGUCUCACAAAUACUGACUAAAUUCCAAAACACUUAUGGAACUUGACCCUCCAAAAGCUGCCUUUAUAUAAUGAAAUUUGCUCCCCAGUAGCAUAUAUGUUACAUUUCAGGUGCAUAUCUGAUGUUUUUUGUCCUUCUAUGAUUUUUCCCCUUAACAUACCCCUUUAAACCUUGAUCUGGUUUUACAGUGGUUUGGAAAACUCUGUAACCAAAAAUAUCAAUGAUGAUGAAACUUUGAGAUUACCAAAUAAUUUAGUUUUGACCUAUUCUUUAUGUAUCCAUGCUAAAUUUGAUGUGCUAGGGUGUGAAAAUACAAUGCCCACUCUUUUGUGUUAGAUUGUCAGACAUCAAAAGUGGAUUUUUAUAUUUCAUUGCAGGACCAAAAUGAAAUGUCUACAUUCUGGUAUUUAGUCAGGAUAGCCUGAAUAAUUUAUUCACUUGUUUGUCUCAUUGUAAUGCAGUAUUUUGCCUGUACUGUAUUUUUGUAGAUACUUGAUAUGCCCAAUAUACAGUCUGGACACUUAUGUUUUCUCAAAUAAUGUCUGGAUAAACAAUUUCCCGGAUAUCUUAAUGCCUUUUCAGUUAACAUGAUUAAAAACUAUGAUCGCAUGAUACCCAGCUCUUUGAUGUUGUAUGCCGGGUGAUGAAUUGCAAAACAAACAACAUCAAGCGUGGUCACAGUCUGGUAAGUGGGACCCUAAUAAUGUGUAUUUUGCACUGUUGAUAGUUGAAAUUCACUGGACUUCUGGAUAAACAAAGCAUUUUAUGUGGUAUAUAUUUUGUUUCACAUAAAUAUCAUCCAGUGGGCUAGGUUUCCGGAUAUCUGGGGGUACUGAUAAGAGGGGUUCCACUGUAUGCUAAUGUCAUUAACAUUGGUAGGAUUAUUGAUAAUCAAUCCUUAAAGAUACCAAACAUUCAAGGUGUGUAUUGUGUUGAAUAAUUGUGUGAUUUGUAUUUGGUAAAGCAAAUAAAAACUCAAAAAGACAGGUUUAACACAGAUGACCAUACCAUGUUUUGUACCAGAACAUGGAGAAGUAGCCUCCAAAUAGGUAGAUUUUGUUAGAUUACUUGCCUGGACAAGUAAAUUUAGUUUCUACUUCAGCCAGACAGAUUCCAUACUUAAUUUAUAUUGCUAACCAAUUCCUUUGGUACUUCAGUGUACAUAUAUUAGUCAUAUAUUUCAAAACUGAAACUCUUUUAAACCACAGUGGGGGAAGGCCAUAUUUCAAUAUGGGAAGUUGUCAUGAUAGGAAGCCUCUAGGCUAACAGUGUUUUCCUACAGUACCUGUAUUACUGUAUUACACCAGGGAGUCUUUAUAUGGAGGCCCUGGUUACACAAACUAAUAACUCUCACUUUAAUGGUUUGAUUCUGAUCUGUGGCCAAUUUCACAUCCAGAUUUCACUCUCGCAAGUCCUCUCAGAUUAUUACUAUUUAUAUCAUAGAAUAUACACGAUGUACAUACCAGUACCAUGCUGUGUAAAAAUUAAAAUUCAAUAUGCCCCAUUCAUAACACUAUGCUCCUGUGCUGUAGGACAUUUAUCCUAUGAUGUAGCAAAAUUUGAAGAAGAUUAUGGUGUCCUGCAGAGCUGAAUGACUCCAUUGUUUAUCCCUUUAUCUGGCAUAUUGAACAAUUAACAUGGUUAACACAUAUUGUCUUUCAACAGAACAUAUUGAGGUAUCCUUUAAAUAAUCCAUGUAUUUCUUGAAAGUCUUUAUGUAUAUUUUUGUAUUUCCAAUUGAUACCAAAUAAAACAUUGAUAUUUA